GUUCGAUAGUUCUCAAUGGCGCUCUUGUAUCCAGCCAGAGCGCCCGUUCUUCACCGCCCUAGGCUCGCUUGCCGGGCGUCCUCCGUGCCCUGGGGCUGCGACACCGAUUCCAGUGCCUUAAAUUCAGGGAUUGCGCUCCAGCAAUGGCUAUCGCAGGCUGGAUUGCCAAUCCAGAAGGUGGAGCUCAAGAAUGUAGGCGCCGGAGGGCGAGGUCUCGUCUCCAAGCGCAUGCUCUACAAGGGCGAUCGCUUGCUCUUUCUUCCGGCAACGCUGGCCAUCACCACGGAAUCGGAAUGGGCGUGCGCUGAGGCUGGAAAAGUGAUAAGAGCGAAGGAUUUGCCGGAAUGGCCGUUUCUCGCGUGUUACCUCAUCUCUGAGGCGUCCCUGGGAAAGAGCUCCCCAUGGUAUCCUUACAUUGCGGCUUUGCCGCGGCGUCCGGGCUCAAUCUUACUAUGGACAGCUUUGGAUGUCGAGGCUCACUUGUCCGCGACCUCUAUCAAGGAUCGAGCGCUUCAGUGCGUACGUGAAGUCGAAGACACGUUCAAUGAUCUGAAUAAGCAAGUUUUCAUGAAGAACAGGGAGGAGUUUCCUCCCGAGGUAGCUAUCAACUCGAUUUAUAUAUUGGCAUCUUUGCUGUUGAAUCAGGUCUUCAACUUGGAGUCUUUCAAAUGGGCUUUUGGAAUUCUAUUCUCUCGUCUUGUUCGUUUGCCAUCGCUCGGACAAAAGCUUGCACUUAUUCCUUUUGGAGAUAUGCUCAACCAUGACACUGAGGUUACGACUUUCUUGGACUUCGAUUCAGGCUCAAAGUCUAUAACUUGCACAUUGGAUCGUGGUUAUGAAAGCAACAAAGAGGUUUUUAUUUCUUAUGGAAAGAGGUCGAACGGCGAGCUGCUUGUAGCUUAUGGCUUUGUUCCUUCCGGGAAAAACUCAGAAGAUAGUGUAAGCAUCACCCUUGGUUUGGAUCCAGCAGAUGAAAUGUACGAGGCAAAAUUGGGAGCACUCAAGGAGCAUGGCCUCUCUCCGCAACAAAGUUAUCCGAUCAAACUGAAGGGCUGGCCAGUACAACUCACCGCCUUUGCUCGCCUAAUAACAAGUCCUCCUUCCCAGCUCCACCGAUACUCAGAGCUCACGUCUGCAGCAACUGAGAAACAAGGAAGGAGGAUGCAGCCGGUAUUCACGACUGAAGAACAAAUGAAGGCUUACGAGAUGAUCCUCUCAGCUUGCAAGCAAGCCAUCGCAGCUAGCAAAAACUACUUGGAGAGCAAGGAAGUUCCAAGGCAUGGUUCCCUCCCCAAGCUCGCUAGCGCCUUGUGCGAGAGCGAGCUCAAGAUUUUGUACCGGAACGAAUAUAUCUUGAGAAGCGAGCUACGUGACCUCCGGUCUGGCAAAAACAGCGGCCUGCUCGGCAAAGUUAGCAGUAUGUUCUUUAGAGACUAACGGGCAUAAGAUUAACGGUGUUAUAAUUAUUCUCUUUCAAACUAGCAUUGUUAUGAAUCAUGACAUUGAAGAAAUUUUCCCAUUUUCGUUA